AUGAGGACGGUAUUCGACCGUUGGUGGUUUCGGGCGUUCGCUGCGGUGGCAUUAUUCUUCGUGUGCCAGUUGUGUUUCAUGAUCUCAAGAGUUCAGUAUUUGGAUGAAGAGAAGCUUACUGUUCAAGCUGAGAUACAAACACUGGAGCGAAAGCGUGACGGCUUGCUCAUAGAAAUUGCGACCAAAGAGCGUGAGAUAGUGCGAUUAGAUCGAAAGGAACAACAACUGGAAAAAGGUGGUCAUUCAGAAAAUUCCAGUGUUCGCGAUCGAUUGAGGCUCGUUGGAACUGAUCGGGAAACUGGUCCUAUGAUUUAUUUUGUCACACCGACCGGCUUUCGUCCUACACAGAAAGCUGAUCUUACUCGUCUAUCUUAUACUCUUUCACAUGUUCCUAAUUUACACUGGAUUGUUGUCGAGGAUUCUGACGUAACCUCAAAAAGUGUUGCGGGAAUUCUGAAGAGGUCUCACCUACCUCAUACGCAUUUGAAUGUGAAAACGCCAGCAAAUAUGAAGAUGAAGUACAUGGAUCCUAGUUGGUACUUGCCAAGAGGUGUUCCACAACGAAAUACUGCGUUAGCUUGGCUGAGGACUCAGCUUUCCAAAGCAAAAAGUGGCGCUGUUUAUUUUGGUGACGAUGAUAACACGUACGACUUGCGGUUAUUCAAUGAAAUUAGAUCAGUUGAUGUGGUUGGGGUAUGGCCUGUUGGUAUCGUUGGAGGUCUAGUUGCUGAAUGGCCAAUUUUAUCGGAAAAUGGAACAGUAAUUGGCUUCAACGCUGUAUGGAAGCCGGAUCGUCAGUUUCCCAUCGAUAUGGCUGCAUUUGCCGUGAAUAUCACUCUGAUUACUUCUCAUCCAAACGCUGCUUUUUCUUUUGAUGUAGCGAGAGGACAGCAGAUAUUAUGUCUAAUGCAAAUGGAGUGUUUUUCAGACGUAAUCAUGGGAGAACGUAAAGGACAAAACUUCUAUUACCCUCCUGACUUCGAUUAUAAGAAGCACAAAAGUCUUAACAAAUAUCAUGGUACUCACGCACUACGGGAGAGAGCUAAGAAAAUCUCACAGGGUAUUCUUAUUAUCAGAUUUGAGAUGCCGUUUAAUAUAUGGUGCCUUGGUUGCAAUAACCAUGUUGGUAUGGGUGUACGAUAUAACGCUGAGAAGAAGAAAAUUGGAAUGUACUAUACGACACCUUUGUACGAAUUCCGAAUGAAGUGUCAUUUGUGCGACAACUACUUUGUAAUACGAACAGAUCCUAAGAAUUUCGACUACGAAUUGGUUGAGGGAUGUUCAAGACAAGAGAAACGUUUCGAACCGUCGGAAGUCGACCAAAUCGAUACUUCGGAUAGUGAUUUUAGUCACAAAUUAGCAGCAGACGCCAUGUUUAAGACAGAACAUAAGGAGGAGAAAGAGAAGAAAGAACUCAAUGAAAAGAGAGCCUACGAUGAUGAUUUGCGUGCACGCUGCUCAUUGAGUAUUUCGCUUGAGCCUGAGGAUCCGAACGAUAGGAAAGUUGCUGGCAUGUUGGCGCGAUUUCGUACCAUUAAAUCGCAAGAUGAACGUGAGGAAGAACGUCGCAGAGAAGCCGCAGCUCGACGAAUAUUUCCAUCUACGUCUUCUAGUGAGGUCUCCACUCCAAAGAUGAUAGAUCAGUUGAAAAGGACCAUAAAACGAGAUCGUGAUCGUCGAAUUAACGAUAACUUCAAUUUCGGAUUAACUGCAAAAAAGUCUUCGUUGACACUUGGCGUCGUUCGAAAAAACGUGAAAGAAGAACCGGAAGAGAUUGAAGAUGAUUUAACAAAUGCUUCUAUCAGAGUUAAAGAUGAAGCAAAAACAGCUGUUACAAAUGGGCUCGUUGCCGAUUACGACUCGUCAGGAUCAGAAUGA